AUGGCUGUCGUAUUAAAUAAAAGAAACAUUAGAGUAUUGAUCACUACAUGUGUUCUUAUAGUCAUUGGUGUCUUUGUAUUCCAAAAUGCGAAUGCUUCCACUUACACAUCUUCUAAAGCUUUGAAAUCAACUAUCACUGAUACUAAUUCCAUCGUACAAGCUCAUGGUGAAGAUGAAAACAUUCCUGCUUUGAAAAAUGUGGACAAUAGUCCGGUAUCAACUGAAAUCACCUCUGAAGAAGACAGUAAGAUCAAUGCUGAUUCCUCAAUAGUUCAGGCUGAAGCGGAGGUUCCAUUUGAUGUUGCUAAGGAAUAUACUUCCAUCUUACAAAGGGGUCCAAUGGUCAUCUUUAGUAAGACAUUUUGUCCAUACAGUAAAGCCUUGAAAGAAUUGUUAUCGACAAACUUCCAAAUUAAUCCUCAACCUAUUGUUAUUGAAUUAGAUAAACAUGAGCAUGGUGAGGAAUUACAAGCAUAUAUCAAAGAACAAACUGGUAGAGGAACUGUACCAAAUUUAAUAAUUAAUGGGAACUCAAAAGGUGGUAGUGAUGAUAUGAAGAAAUUAUUUGAUGAGAACGUGUUAUUGGAUUCAUUGAAUGAAUGGAGUAAUGGUGCCUAUGAAGUUCAAGCAACUGAAACCGCAUCUAACAAGGAUGCCACUUCUGUUUAA